AAAUGCAUUACAAAAAGCUUGAUAUUAAAUAAACUCUUCUCAAAGUGUUGUGAAUUUUUUUACAUGGUGAGAGAAACUAUCCGCUUUUGAGUUUCGUGUAUAUUCAAUUCUUGGAAAGUUGGAUAGUGAUUCGGCGGAUUCGAAUGCAGGCAUAGAUCAAGAUGUGGUGGGUAGUCGUGGUGGCGGCGGUGGCCAGCGCGAGUCGUGCGCACUCCGCCAGCUACUGCUCUGUGAACACGUUCACCACGAACGCCACGUGGAUGCAGUUUACCAAGGAACCGGUACCAUUCGAAUACGGCUUCGAAGACAAGUUCAAGAGCAUUCAUUGUUGCGUCAGAGGAUACAGAAGUAUCGAAUGGUUCAAAGACGGUGUCGCGUAUCCGUGGUCGGCUGGCGUAUCGAAUCUCAUCCUGUAUCCGGAAGCUGCAAAUCAGACGCUUUACACACGGCGGGCAUCGCGCGCAGACUCUGGCAACUACACCUGCCGACUCAGCAACGAAACCCACAUACAGACGCACACGGUCAGGCUCGAUAUACUAGAAAAAUCGACAGACACACCGAGAACAAUGUUCAUUACGAAAGACCAGUGGGUGGAGGAGGGGGGGCAUCUGCGUCUGUACUGCGAAGCGCUCAUAGGUCGUUCGAAUUUAGCAGAUGCCCGUAGCGACCUCCGCUGGAGGAAGGUCUGGUCGAACGGCACCGAGGGAGACUUGCCUCCCACGCAAACCGAAAUCAAAACCUCCCGCGACGACGUACAGGAUAUAAUCGGUUCGUAUUUGAUUAACGAGCGCGUGGCGGCCCAGGACUACGGGAUGUACGUGUGCCUGAUCCACAGCAACGACGUCGAAUCCCGGAGCUACGUAACGAUACAUUACACACACGCUCCCGGUGGUGCCGAGAACGGGUGGUGCGGCGGAUCUCAGGUACCGUGGCGGGUGCUGGCGGCGGGUGGCGCGGGGGGUGCACUGCUGCUGCUGACCAUGGUCGCCUUGCACCGCCGCUGCACGCCACGACUACUGCUCGCUGUGAGACACGCACGGGCCAGAGCGCAGACCACUGCACACACUGCUAGAGUACUGGAGAAGGAGUUCGACGUGCUGGUCUGCUGGACGGCGGUGGACGCGGAGCUGGUCCGGGGCGCGCUCCUCCCGACGCUCGUGCUCAAGUACCACUACCGCGUGCACGCGCUGCAGCUCUCCACGCAACCUGACCUCUGGUACAGCGAGCUGGUGGGCGAGGCGGCUCGGUGCCGGUCGCUGGUGGCGGUGCUGUCGCCGGCGCAGUACUCGCCGCAGCAGCUGCUCACCGCGCUCAGCCAGCUGCGGGCCCUACCCCUGCCGCCCGUCGUCGUCCUACUACAGGAUCUCCCGAAGCUGAAGCGCGAGGCGAAGGAGGGCGGGUCGCGGCUGGUGGCGGCGCUGCGCGGCUCGCGGCUGGUCGCAUGGCGCCACGUGCACGAGCGCGCCUUCUGGACCGCGCUGCGCCUCGCGCUGCCGCUGCCGCCGCGGGGACAGACGAAGCCGAACUUAACUGAAACCGACGCGAAGAAAACGAAUACAGGCAGUUUGACGGCGCUCGUUUAGACGCGCGUGUGGCCGGCGCGUCACGACGGCAGCUACUGGGCACUCGGCUCGGCGGGCCUUACCGGGCCUCACCGGGCCUGAAGGCCCUGCGAUAUGCACCAAGGCCACCGAUGCCGUUAAAUAAAGACUGUGACAUUUUAGUUUUACGUUCGAAUAUCACGAUGAUAUUUCAAUUCGAGAGUGAAUUUAAUUUCGAUAGUUUUCUGAAGAUCUCAGAAUGUUAUUUUUUUUCUCUUCCGAAUCUGUUCGAAGACUAAACAAUUUAUAUUUCUCUUGUGCCAAAGGGAAACGGUUCGUCAUGACAAUUAAUGCUACUUACCCAAACUUAUUGGUUUGGUUGUAUUAGACUAUUUAUUCUAUUUAAUUUCGAUGAACAUAUCAUGUCUAAAUUUUAGUUUUCAUUUGAAACUUAAUUUUUUGUACUUUUUUUUUUGUUUGUUUAAUCUUUAUUUUAAUAAUAUGCGUUUCAAGUAUUAUUAUUAUAUUAUCACAGAACACACGUUGUAUUGGUAUUAAAAUUUUGAAGUUUGUAUAUUUUUUGGCUGUUAUCUCACGUGGAUGGAUGGAUUGAUUAAUUAUGAUUAAUUUGGGUAUAUUUAGGUAUAGUUAAAUAACGGAACGUUAAAUAUAGUUUUAACAAAUUUUUUUCGGUGUUCUGUGAUUCUCGUUUCAUUAAUUUCGGUUAAGCUAUUUAUAUGAUGGCCGUUGUUCGUACGUUUUGGGCAGCGAGAGUGACGCUGACACGAUCCCGGGUUCUGUGAUAAAACGAAGAGCGGAUAUUAUUAAGAGAGUGCAGCAGGGCUUUAGAGCCUCUAGUGCAGCGGUCGGGGAACUUUUUUAAUUAUUACUCCAAAACAUUUUUGUGUAAGUUGAUAUUAUCCCAUGGCGAAGAACAAAAAAAAAACGAAAUCGCUUCUUUUUAGCAUCUUUCAUAUCAUAGCCUCCAUAAUAAUUUUGAAAAGAAAACAAUAACUAAAAAGAUAAUUUAAACAUCAUUUAUUCAAUUUAUCAAUGUAAUACCUAGUAAUACAUGACGGUAAUAAUAUUAAUAUAUGUAAUAUACAGUUGAGGAAAAAAAAAACGCCCCCACAGAAAAUAUAAGUAAAUGAUAAUUUCUUGUUAUUUUAUAAUUCAUAUGAUAUUUUUAUGAGUUUGAAAAUCACAACGAUUCUAAAGAAGUUUCACUUCAAUAUAUACUUUUUACUCACAAAUGUUUCAUUUUUACCGCCUAAAAUUUUGGGGUAAUUUACCCCGGUUCCCCGACCGCUGCUCUAGUGGUACAGAACCUUUAUACGUAAGCUCUAAUGUAGCGCGCCUCCGCCCUGCUGACUCAUCUCUAUCUAAAGCCCCUUGAAUUUGCAAACAUUUUCUAUAACAAACCAACCGCACAACUCAAGGGUUGUUGACCGACUAAAAUCCAGAGAGACUAUUUAUAAUGGAAUAUAAUGAAAAUAUAGUUUUCCGUUAUCGAAUAAGGCGAAUUUAAGGGAUAGAUUGUAAUGUUAGUUAGUUAAGUAAACAUGUGCUGUAAAUAUAAUCCGUAGUAAUAAAAACUAUUUUUGCAUUGAAAGUAUGUAAGAAUUGUUAAUUACAUGGUUUCGUUUAAUCAGUUUUUAACUGAAUAAUUUCGUAGUUAUUAUGUUUUUUUGUCACAUUCCGUCGUAGUUAUGAGUUGUUCGCUCAUAAAAAUGAAAGAAAUUGAAAUAAAUGGGAUUACUCAAUUAA